GUCACUUCCGGUUGUUUACUUUGUUUCUUCAAGAUGGAGGACGAGUUGGAAGUUGACAUCGAGGGCGACGAGUUUGAUACUAACAAAAGUGAACACGGUGGAGCGGGUUUAGUACAGGAGCAGCUGCUGCAGUCUGCAUGGAGUAGCGACGCGGGAAUUCUUCCCUGGGAGUUGGACAAUACCAUCAGUGAUGAAAACCGAGAGGCGAUACAGAGGAUGCUACUGGAGGAGCAAUACUAUUUGAAAGGUCAGGAGAUACCCGGUGAUAUUUGGUCGAGUGAUGCCAACAGCAAGCCCAACCUGAAGAAGUCUACAGUCAAGACGGCAAGCUUCUCCUCUUCUCGAUGGUCCAAACAGGAGAAAGACUUAUUUGAAGAGGGACUGGCUCAAUUUGGACGAAGAUGGACAAAGAUCGCCAAGCUGGUGAGGAGUCGCACCGUCCUUCAAGUCAAAAGCUACGCCAGGCAAUAUUUUAAACACAAGGCUAAAAUAGCACCCAGUGUUGGGUCUCCCUCCACAGUUCCUACGUCGUCCUUUCAGCCUGCUCGGCCCACCUCCAGCUGUACUGCCGCCUUGGCAAACACGGUGCGCAUCGAGAGACUGGUUGGAGACGAGGAUGAAGAGGUGGACAUCACCGAUGACGACGGCAACGAGGAAGAGACUGAGCGUCAGGUCAACAGUCCGAGCAGUCCGCAACCAGCACCUCCUCCAUGUCACCUCCCAGAGGAGCUGGAAGAUGAUGAACAAGAUGAGGAGGACAAAGCAGACUGCAAGCGAGUGGAGGCGGAGGUGAAAGAGCAAGAGGAGGUCAAAGGUGAUGAAGCUGUGGAAGGGGAGAAUGAUGAUGAUGAUGAUGACGACGACGACGAUGAGGAGGAGGAGGAGCUUAAGGCCCCUGAGCAGGAAGUCGUGUUGGACACGGAGAUCAUCAACGAGGAUGAGAAACAAGCCAUUCCUGAGUUCUUUGAGGGACGUCCUUCCAAGACCCCGGAAAGAUAUCUGAAGAUCAGAAACUACAUUUUGGAUCAGUGGCUGAAGAGCAAGCCAAAGUACUUGAACAAGACGUCAGUUCGUCCUGGCCUGAAGAACUGUGGCGACGUCAACUGCAUUGGGAGGAUACACACCUACCUAGAACUCAUUGGGGCCAUAAAUUUCCACUGUGAACAAGCGGUAUAUAAUCGACCCAAAGUGGUAGAUCGCUGCAAGCACAAGGAGGGUAAUGAUGUGCUGGAGGCCUACCAGCUCGCACAAAGACUGCAGAGUAUGCGGACCAGGAAGCGGCGAGUGAGGGACAUGUGUGGAAACUGGUGUGACUCCAAAAACAUGGAGGGACAGACCUAUGAGCAUCUGAGCGCAGAGGAGCUCGCUUUGCGUCGAGAGCGGCUGGCGAUGCAGCCUAAAGCCUGCAAGAUGUCUCGACACAAAGGGUCUUUUGAUCCUUUCCAGCUCAUUCCAUGCAGGUCCUUUGGAGAAGACGUGCAGGAGCCAUUCCGCGUCAUUGUGUGUGCUGAGACGCUUCUCAUUAUGGACAUGCAUGCUCACGUGUCCAGAGGUGAGGUCAUUGGUCUGCUUGGUGGAACUUUCAACGAGGGCGAGAAAGAAUUGAAGAUCUGUGCAGCGGAGCCCUGCAACAGCGUCAGCACGGGACUCCAGUGCGAGAUGGACCCGCUGUCUCAGACGCAGGCCUGCGACGUGCUCUCCUCCCUGGGCUUCAGCGUGGUGGGCUGGUACCACUCCCAUCCGUCCUUCCACCCAAACCCGUCCGUGCGAGACAUCGACACUCAGGACCAGUUCCAGAGUUAUUUCUCUCGUGGCGGUGCCCCCUUCAUUGGGAUGAUCGUGAGCCCGUACGACCCGGCCAACCCUUCUCCGCAUUCCCAAACAACUUGCUUGUUGGUGAAGGAGAGCCAGGAGAUGUUCGGAAUGCAAAAGCUUCCUUACAAAUUUGACUUCCUGCCAUCACAAGACAUCCCAGACUGGGAUCAGACGCUGCGGAGAGCCCUGUGGAUCAUCCAGAAAUAUUCCCAAACGCCAGGGAGCGUGCACAUGGACAGAUUCUUCCGUAGGGGCUCACACCUCACCUGCUUAGAAAAGAUGCUGUCGUCGAUGGCCAGGUCACUGGAGCCCUUACAGGAGUCGGAGGGCGAUGCCUUCCUCACACACGUCCAUUCUCUCUUUCUGUCCGACUUCAUCGCCAAACAGCAGCAAGAAAGCGAGCCGUCGAUAAAUGAUUUGACCUCGGACGGCGACGAGGACUCUGGCCAACGGGCCAACACAAAACAAGACGCAAAAUCGGAGACGGACAACUCCACCGUGUUGCAUCUGGGCUCGGUGCUGUCAACAGAGCACGACUAUUUACUGUGAUGCACUUCAUCAGGGUAAUGUGGAUUUUUCUACUUUUAUUACAGCAUUAUUAAAUGCUUAGCACAUUUGAAUAUAGCAAAUAUUUUUAACCCCCAUAAUCUUUGUACAGCUUUUAAUAUGUUCAUAACUAUAAAAAAUGUAACACACAACUCAUGACCACACAGAGGAGCAGUGCAAGUUUAUGCCAUAUCUUUCCAAUGGCAGACUCUAUCCACUCUGCUUUUCCCGUUCCUGCCUUUAUAACCUCAGACACACAAGUCACCAUCUUUUCUGAUUUUCACUCUACAUCAGGGCUAUUAAACUACAUAAUGAAGAGGGCCGCAGUUUCAAGGGCUCAGGGGCCGUAUAUGGAAAUGUGGAUGUUUCGUCCCAAAGGGCCUUUGCAGAUUAUAUGCCUUUUGAAACUGCCUUUACUUAAUUGCAAAGUAAACACAUCAGCUUUCACACCGCACUGUCAACAAACUCAUUAUUCUGCCCUUGCUACUCGUUUCCAGCGUGUGCAAAUAUUAACAGCAUGAAGAAAUAGAAGCUCCAGAAGUUUGUUUGAGGAUCGAUGUUCCUCUUCCCCCUUUCCUUUAUGUUUUGUAGGACUAUUGUAUAUUUUACAUGAAUAAAAUAAAAAGUUAAUUCUCGAUACAUUCACACAAUAAAAUACAGAUGUUUACCCAUAUAUAAAUUAAAUAACAUUGUCUGUCUAUCUGUGUUGGCCCUGUGAUGAGGGCGACUUGUCCAGGGUGUACUCCGCCUUCCGCCUGAUUGUAGCUGAGAUAGGCACCAGCGCCCCCCGCCACCCCAAAGGGAAUAAGCUGCAGAAAAUGGAUGGAUGGAUGAAUGGCUGCACACAAUAAAUGUGACUCAUCUCAAUUAUAACUAAGCUGUAGCGUUAUCGCACUCUACUGGUCAAAUUAAGCACUACAUGUACUAAACAAGCUUUUUUUUUUUUUUUUAAAUACAUGACAAAGUCAGAAAUUUCCAAAGAAAAAGUAAAUAUCUUUAUGUACAUCUACUUCCAAAAGGUGUGAUCAAGUUUUGUCGUGUGGAUUUCUACUGUUGUUGCUGGCGUGGAACAGUGUGUCCGUCGCUUAAAAGGUCCAACAGGAAACAAUGACUGGAGCACUUGCUCUUUCUUUUACAUUCAUAUUUUGCUGUUAAAAGUUGUAUUUUUUGCAAUUUAAUUAGGAUAUUUUUUAAGGGUUGACACAUAUGCCUCGCUGUUUCCCCCUGUGGGGUGGCGGGAGUACUGCAUACAGGAGCAACCCGCGUUUUGAUGUUUUUAUCAAGCCUAUUUGGGUGAUGUUCGGCAGGCCAAUUGAAAAGCUUUGGGCCGCCAGUGAAGUAAGCCUGCUCUACACUGUUGUUUAGAGCCACAUCGACUUGAUUAUGGCCACCAUUCACUGAUGGCCACAUCGCGGUUAUGUUUGGCCCCAGAGAUACUAUGAAUUGAUUAACGUGGACCCCGACAUAAACAAGUUGAAAAACUUAUUCGGGUGUUACCAUUUAGUGGUCAAUUGUACAUAAUAUAAACUGUACUCUGCAAUCUACUAAUAAAAGUUUCAAUCAAUUCAAUCAAUCAAA